AUGAUGUUGGAGUCGUACUUGGCCACGCAGUCGUGGAUAACAGGGAGUACAGGAGGGACCACAGUCCAACCCCUAGCCCACUAUCAGCCUGGCAGACAGCCCCAACCCACUAUCAGCCUGGCAGACAGCCCACUAUCAGCCUGGCAGACAGCCCCAGCCCACUAUCAGCCUGGCAGACAGCCCCAACCCACUAUCAGCCUGGCAGACAGCCCCAACCCACUAUCAGCCUGGCAGACAGCCCCAGCCCACUACCAGCCUGGCAGACAGCCCCAACCCACUACCAGCCUGGCAGACAGCCCACUACCAGCCUGGCAGACAGCCCACUACCAGCCUGGCAGACAGCCCACUACCAGCCUGGCAGACAGCCCACUAUCAGCCUGGCAGACAGCCCCAGCCCACUAUCAGCCUGGCAGACAGCCCCAGCCCACUACCAGCCUGGCAGACAGCCCCAACCCACUACCAGCCUGGCAGACAGCCCCAACCCACUACCAGCCUGGCAGACAGCCCCAACCCACUACCAGCCUGGCAGUCAGCCCCAGCCCACUACCAGCCUGGCAGACAGCCCCAGCCCACUACCAGCCUGGCAGACAGCCCCAGCCCACUACCAGCCUGGCAGACAGCCCCAGCCCACUACCAGCCUGGCAGACAGCCCCAGCCCACUACCAGCCUGGCAGACAGCCCCAGCCCACUACCAGCCUGGCAGACAGCCCCAGCCCACUACCAGCCUGGCAGACAGCCCCAGCCCACUACCAGCCUGGCAGACAGCCCCAGCCCACUACCAGCCUGGCAGACAGCCCCAACCCACUACCAGCCUGGCAGACAGCCCCAACCCACUACCAGCCUGGCAGACAGCCCCAGCCCACUACCAGCCUGGCAGACAGCCCCAGCCCACUACCAGCCUGGCAGACAGCCCCAGCCCACUACCAGCCUGGCAGACAGCCCCAGCCCACUACCAGCCUGGCAGACAGCCCCAGCCCACUACCAGCCUGGCAGACAGCCCCAGCCCACUACCAGCCUGGCAGACAGCCCCAGCCCACUACCAGCCUGGCAGACAGCCCCAACCCACUACCAGCCUGGCAGACAGCCCCAGCCCACUAUCAGCCUGGCAGACAGCCCCAGCCCACUACCAGCCUGGCAGACAGCCCCAACCCACUAUCAACCUGGCAGACAUCCUCAACCCAGUAG